AUGUCCUGGCAGGGGCCGAUGUUGCGGUCCCCGCACUUCACGUACGACGCCUUGCCGUCUCGUUCGCGAUUGACGCCCGCGGCGGUGUCCGUCUACAACGAGGUGGCGAUUGCCGAUCGUGUCGUUCGGGCAUGUGCAUGGACGGACAACUCCGCUGACUUUGUCUUUGGAGACGGCACGGUGCUCUCCUUUUGUGACGAAAUGCAAACAUAUGUCGCCUUCCCUCGCGUGUUGCACGCACCUUUGAAUUCACAGGCUGCAUUGGGUAGCAGUGGUCAUUCUAAGAGCUUCAACGAGGGUGACAUUUACGAUGCGGAGAGUAAGAGCCAGGGGGAAUACUUCUUCACACCCCUCACGCUUUCCAAAUACGAGAAUAAAGUUCGGGAGGCUUUGCACAUUUACAACUUUUACUCGCCGCGGCCACGCAUUGUCACAGGCCUCACGGCAACACCGUGUGAAGUGUGGCGCCAGAACAGCCCGAUUGACUCACUUGUCAUUGCAGCAGAUCGACGCCUUUUUGAGCGUCAUGGAUCUCGAGCGACUCUAUGGUGUGCGCUCCGUCGCAUUUCACUAACAUUACAUGGUGGCCGUGCAACAUUUUCAGUGCGUUGGCCCGCACCGGCAGUGGAACGGAACAUGGCGCGUUCCAUUUUUGUUCGUCCUGUUGAUGAACAUGGUGUUUUUACAGGAAUGCUUGAAAGUGUGCGGUCAUUUCAUUUUGUGUGGGUGGAACAAACAUUUCCCGUGAUGGACCCGCCGGAAGCGUGGGCAGAAAUGUUGGAGACUGCUCUGCAACUUGACGCGGAUGCUCCGGCCGGCAGUGUGGGGGAGGGAAAGGAGGAUGGGGCAUCUUGUAGAGGCGAGAGCGAUGUAGAGGAGUGCUGCUUAGUAUACCGCACGACACCAUGCACCGCGCAAGAUCGGCAGCCGUGUCGCUUUUCAAAGAUGGUGCGAGAGCACGUCGAUUCGCUCAUUGCUACCUCGCAGAUGCAAAGCGCGGCAUGCAAUCGUCUCAUACGAGAUCCCUGUGAGCGUGUGGCGUGGCGCUACGACGCGGAUCCGACAGGUCGUGUGCCACACGCCGUGUAUUGGGGCCUUUUCGCACGGAGUUCCAGCACAGCCAUAGCACAAACUCUUGCCGUCGGCAAAUGUGGAAUGGGCGGAACACGAGGGGGAGGUUGGGUGCCACAUCCUGCAAUUGGCACUGUGCUCGCCAUGGUGCGGGAGGACGAGAGUUUGGUUGUUGCCGAGCCACAGAGUCAGAGUUACGUUAUCCAUCAUUGGCGCCGCGAUGGAACAUAUCAUCAAUACCACCAGAGCCCAGAUGGAGAACUCGGUCUUCCACCAGUUAUUCCACUGCAUUGUAAAAGAGGUACUGGGAAUGAAGUUGGUGAGGAACCUAUUGGAAUGGUCUGGGGGCAAGAUGGACAGAAUAAAAAUAAUAGCCACGACGAAUCCUCGUUAUCCAUGAUGGCGAGUGAGGAGGCGGAUGGUAUGAUUACUUCGAAAAUUGCUACCCCGCCACUGUACUUUAGUGGAACUCUUGAAGAAGCGCCAUUAUCUGCUCUUCAUCGCGGUCGUUACCUUCCUGAUGUGGGUGCCUCAUGUAUUCAGCUCUCACAGUUGAAUCUUGCGUCUCUACGAGCGCAUAAGCAAGAAAUGCUUGGUGGCAUCGCCUCUGCGACUGCGGGUGCUUACGCCACGGGGACAACGGGCUUUACGACGGGGGAACCCACCUUCGCUGCAAAAGGAGGGGUGGCGGAAGCCGCACAAAGUGAAUUGCAGCGAAUUCAGAUGCGUUUUGUGUCCAAUGAUCCCGCUCUUGCCGAAGCCGCGGCGAAGGGAAACGUGGUCUUCCUGACAAGUUCCAUAGAGGCAGUUGGAACCUUUGUGGCGCUGACAAAUGGCACCAUCCGCUGUCAUUUUGACGACCGCACGAUUCUUUUUCUUGUCCCGGGUGCGGAUGAUAGAGAGGAAAAUUUGGUGGCUACUUGCCUUUUCCGUGACGCCACGCAGUGUUCAAUGCGGCUAGUGAAGUGUGCUCAACACCAUCGAAUGUAUCGCUAUGUAGCUCACGCGCUACAGUUCCGCCGCUUUUCUCGUCUUUCUCCAGAGGCACGCACGGCUGUAAUGAAUGAAACAGCUGCAUUGAAGUUGCAGUAUCUUGAUGAGACGGAAUGGCAAAGAGAGAGAAAAAUGGAGUGGGAACUGCAACAACUGCUCAGUAGAACAGAAGCUCUCCUUUCGGGUAACGAUGAACUGAGUCGGUUGAAUCACUCGCUGCUCCGCGAGGAGAAGGAAAAUGCCUCGUCCUACUUUUCAUGA